AUGUGGAUGCAUCAGUCUUCAGCUGAAUCUGCAAAAGACGAUGUUCAUGCGCAACGGAUGGGUCUUGGAUGUCCUAUUCACGCUCAACGAAACGAACAUAUCCGAAUGCACCAGCUACGUCUAUCUAGGUCGGGAAUUGAACAUGAUGAACGACCUGACCCCCGUGCUGGGCAGGAGGAGAAGAGCGGCUUGGGGAGCGUACAAGAGCAUCGAGGAUGUAGUGAAGGAGACCAGGAACAUCCGGAUCCGUGCUCACCUCUUCAACACCACCGUACUUCCUGCUUUGACCUAUGCUUCGGAAACCUGGGCAUUUCGCAAGCAGGAAGAAAACGCGAUGAGUGUCAUUGA